UCCGGGAUAAAACCAACGAUACAUUUUAAUGAUAGAAAACGUGGACUGAUUGGUUCGGAGACCAUGCUUAGAGAGAAAGGGAGAGGGGGAGAGUGCUGUAUAAUAUCAUAGAGAGGACAAACAAAAUUAUACAUUGUGAUGACGCGUUCGCAUCAUAAAUCCCCAUGUCUGAGUUUGUUCCUCAUUGAAAGGCUAUGUUCUAAAUGUAAUUAUCUUUGUCUGCCGUAGCCUAAUGAAGGUUUGCUCAGUGGUAGAGUUUGUGUGGCAUCCGUGAAAUUCUGUUGCAUAUCUCUGGUCUACAUCAAAAGAGUUUGAUCUCUGCAGUACUUUUGUCAGUUGUUGUGCUAAACGAUUGACAUACUUCAUUGGAUACAGUUGUCAAGAGGGUUAAACACAAGAUAUCGACAGCUUAAACAUUUCUAUGAUAGAGUUAGGAGUAUCGACUUGUGCGAUCUUCAUAAACACCUCAUAAUUUUCUUAAACUAAACGCAUUUGUGGAAAAAAGAGAAAGAAAUCAUUCAUUACUCAUAUGACGGAUGUUAAACUUUUCGUCAUCAGUCUUUAUAAAAAAAAAAAUUAGGAAUUCAAAUACUUCGCCCGGAUGAGUUGCAUUGAAUUUUCCAAUAUGGACCUUGAAGUUGGAAACAGAUGUAUGUCCGCAGAGUGAAUGUUGAAGUUGUACGGGCCGUAAAUCAUGGAGGCACCUUUAGAAAUACGAGUUCAUGAUGAGAAUGGCGAGAGCUGUAUUGACAGUGACGAUGAAAUCGUUGGAUGUGAAAUUCACUAUCAGCUGAAAUUGUAUCACAAAAUGUUACGUCAGCUUCACACAGAGCUUCAUGGCUGUGGUGAGGAAGCAGGCAUGGGGGAGUAUCUGUGUAUCGGGGAUUACGUGUGUCUGUACUGUGAGGAAAUAGAGGGCUACGUCUACAGCUCGCAGUCCAGCUCCACGAAUAAUGGAUUAUACAUCUACACAAAUCAAGAGCGAAACAGACCCAGAAACAUCCCAAAUCCUCAAGUGGUUGUAUUCCAAGUUUGCAUCCAGAACAGGUAUAAGCUCAACAAGAAAUAUAGAAAAUGGAUGAACUCCAUCCAGACAGACAAUUCAGAGGUGGUCACCCGAGGGUUGGUCAAACAAGGAAAGUUGGCAGCAGAAGCGGAAAAUAAAGACAACGAGGCAGAGCAGACGAGGCAGCACGGAAAGCGCGUGCGUUAUGGAGAAGUUGUUCAGCUGAAGCAUGUGUUUACCGGAAAGUUUGUUCACAUGAGCACGACACAAACGAGUCAGAAAGAUAAAAACAACAUGAAGGUGUCUCUUCACGAAUACAAUGCCAAGAACGCCCAGUUUAGAAUCCUUCCGCGAUACAAGGUUAAAUCGGAGGGGGAAAUAGUUCAGUUAUUUGACCAGAUUGUCUUUGAGAGUGUAAAGUCACAUGGUCAUUACUUUCAUGCCAGCGAGUCCUUCCAAAUUGACCACUUUUCAUACGGGUCUGAGCUCAAUCUAGGAGUAGAAAGGUCGAGUUUUACAUUGAUUGGAAGUUACAGAGAACUCCAAGAACAAGAAAGAUUUGUCAGAGGUGGAUCGGCCAUACGACUAUUUCACAAAGAGCUCGAGGCCUACCUUGUUGCGGAAGGGUUGUUUGAAGAUUGCGUCACAGAAGAUGUGCAUUUCCGUAUCCGGGUAAUUGACCAACACAAGCCUCGCUCUCUGUCUCCGUCGACUUCCGGAAUCACAUACUGGCAGAUUGAAGCUGAACACAGUAUAUUAGACGGAGACAUUUUAAGAUGGGAACAACAAGUGCGAUUACGUCACUUCCUGACAAGACAAUAUCUAUGUAUAGACUCCAAGAUGGACGUCUCCCUGGUGACUGACCCUUCUGACCCAAGAACUGUCUUCAGACUCCAUUCUGUACUCAAGGAGAGAGAUGAAAUAUCCUACGAGAGUUAUGCGAGAAUAGAGCAUAUGCUGACCGGCUGUUGGCUUCAUGCACUGAAAGAUGAAGAUUAUGAGAGAAGGGUUCAUGAUGGCGGCGAUAAAGAAAAAUCCAUGCAAGGUUUACGAUGGGACAGCGCAGGGGUUAGGAAGGUAUCCGCCAGCAGCGAGAGCAUGUAUGAUGAUGCGUACACAUUGCAGCGUGUUGUACCGGAAGACAUCCACAAUUUCAACUAUGUGGCAGGAAUGGUUCCAUUCUUGUUCAAUCUCAUACAGGAUCUUCAAAUGGAACCACAAUUGAAUGCCAAAAAGACUCAUGGAAUCAUAACUGCACUGAAAGAAAUUAAGAUGUUCAUGCUACCUGUGGGUCAACCAGAUAAAAACAGACAAAAGCUCAUGAGGAAUUUACGGGUGAUAGACCUUCUGGUGAACCUGCUGCAGUGUCCUCUUGGAGAGGGGGAUGAAGAAUCCCAUGUCAUCAGGAUAUUCAAAGAAGCCUACGAUGUUCUCCAUGCUUACAUGAUUGGGAAGAGCAGAAAGAAUGCUCUGUACAUGGCCAAAUAUAUUGAUUUCUUCCAAACACAGUUCACACAAAAAGGUGGGAUAGGUCUGAAUGUUGCCCAGAUGAUAGUGGAGCUCAUCAGAGACAAACGAAAAAUAGUGGACCGCAUCACCAAAAAUAACAUCGAUACAUUUCUUCAACUCCUGCGGACAAACCAAAACUACAGAUUCCUUGAUCUGUUACAAGUCUUGUGUGUUUGUGAUGGAGUAGCCAUUCCAAACAACCAAACGUACAUCGUGGAACAAUGGCUGCGAGAAUCCAAAGACUCCGUGUACUUGACCGACAGAGGACAAAAUAUAAACAAACGCCCAAACAUUGUGUACGUCUCUACCGAUCAGGGCAAGACCUGGGUCCCACUACACGUGUUUGUCGACUUUGAAAGCUCCGAGUUUGAUGAGGAGAAAUACAAUUUCCUCAUUCAUCAGCUAGAUCUUUUCAAAGCUUUAUGCUUCGGCCGCAAUGACUUUGCUGUUCACGUGAUCACUAGAGAGUUCGGCUAUCUGACGUGGGAGGAUGCCUAUCUGUGUCUUACUGCGGACCUACUUCCGGAUCACAUUCGCGCCAAAUAUUGUGAACUUAUUAUAGGACUAUUUGUGGACGUAGGAAACAACUAUUCUGUGCUGGAUCACCCUAACAUUUGUUUCAUCUAUGAAUACGUCGGAUCUAAAGACUCCGAAAGAGAACAGAGUUCAUUUACGGCCGGAAGUCAGGAGAGAGGCCCGGGGGAGGUUGUAAAAGACCUUGUUACUAUAUUUCCUGUCCUCAGAGACUGGAUGGCAGAAUUUCUGGCUGUGAAUUGUCAGAUGACAGCAUCAGAAAUAGGUCACAACCUGCUAAUAGAACAGGUUUUACGUUUGCUCCAGCAUUUAGUGAAAUUUGGUUACUACAUGGAUAUGGAAGAUGUUAAACAACUGUUGACUCCUCUGCUGAGUCUGUUAGACGGAACACAUGAUGUACCGUUUCCUAAAGACAAAGGAAAAGGAUAUUCUAAGGAAUCUCAGAAAGCCGUAAACCAAUACAGAAGUAGUGGAAGAUUUGAGCAGAGCAAAGAGGCCGAGGCCGUAGUCAAUGCCAAAUACCAGGCUAUGGAAGUGCUGGAUUUUCUUCUUACAUUCCAACGAAAUUUGCGUUUAAAGGCCUUCGUCUCUAAGUUCAAAACUUGUGAACAGAAUGCGUCACGAUACCGAUCUCCUUUGGUGAUGGAGACGCUGAUGUAUGAGACAUAUAAUCCACAAAUCCAGACCAAAAAAGCCUUGAAGAGCCAAAAGAAAGUUCUCAAAGAAAUUCGAGAGAUGGUAUCGCUAUCCUCCAUAUUUGAUAUGGAUAUUACGACACGUGUUCUACUUGACUUGUCCGAAUACAAAUACGACAGAAUGGUCACCAAGUCGUUGGACAUCCUAAACAAGUUGUACUCAUCUCAAGGGGACAUGUUCAAAUUGGCCGAUAGAGCUCAGAUUCUCCAGACCCAUGACUCGGCCCGUGUCCAUCGAGAGGUACAGAGGAGCCUCCCGGUACUAAGAAGACUAGCCAGACAAAAGCUCAAUGACCAACAGGUUCAAUUAAUGAGCGAAAUUCUGGAUGAGCUUGCAGAGUUCUGUCACUUGCCAAAGUACCCAAAAGAACCUCAUUUCAUGAACCAGAACAUCAUGAUCAGUCAUGGAAUCCUUCACAUAGUUGUCGAUAUCCUUUCUCAAGAGAUUGACGCCAGACUAGUCGAGCAGCAAUACAUGGGAAUGGCCACAAUUUUCAAAAAGACUUUAUAUCUAAUGGAAUUGUUGGCGCGUGAAAAUUCUGCUGUUCAGGAGACAUUAUUUGAACACAUUGACAAUCUUCUGGAAGUGCAAAUCGUACCAUCGAAUCUUGCCAUAGCUCUGAAAGAGUUGUUCAUUGCAAAUCAAACAACUUGCCUUAAAGUGUCCUCAAAGCAAAUUCAGAAAAUUGUUCUGCUGUGUUCACAUCACCAGAACGAGGCUCCGGAAUUCCUCGAGUUACUCAGUGUACUAGUGAAGGUAGAAGGACUGGACAUGACGAUCAAAAGAAACCAAGCCUUGGUAAUGAAGUACAUAAUGCAGAAUUACAGAAAGGCAGCGUAUGUGCUGGACCAACCACGUGAUCAAAGAGAGGUCAUUCUAAGCAAUCAAGGUCAGCAGGGAGAUUUGACGUAUUACAUUUAUUUGGUGGACCUAUUGGCUACUUGCGCUGAGGGAGAAAACAAGUUUAUUGAGUCUCUUUGCCAGACUAUUUUGCCGGUACAGGACAUACUUUGGGUUAUCAACCAUCCUGAUAUCGCAUGCAAUCUAAAGAAACCAUUCGUGAAAUAUCUUAUGUGGGUUUACAUGAAACCAGUGGGUAGCAUGACUGAGAGUGGAGCGGCUGACCUCCAGCACGAUAAAGAUCUUUGGGAGUUCAUUGAAGCUGCUAGUGACGUCAUAAAUCAAGUCACUCAAGCCAUGAAAAUGCAGGGAGAGAAAACUUCUUCAAUAGUGAAAUCCCCACCGCCGAAAAGUUUUAUCGACGACCCCAAUGACCCUCGUUCCGUGAUACAUGGAGGAGUGUUUUUCAUUUUGGACGCAGCAUUACCUUUCUUCGAGGUUUUCUUCUCGCUGUUUUAUGCUCCAGACAAAGAUUUGUAUCCAAAUGAAGUUAUAGUGACAGACAACUUGGCGACAGGAUUAACGGCCUUUACAGAUGAGAUCGGAAAUAUCUUAACAAACCCUGCUCACAUGAAGUCUGUUGUGUCACUGCUUACGAUCCUGAUAUCCUCCUCGUCCUCACCCAAAGCGGCUUUGAUCUCAGUUUUGGAAAAGUUCAGCACAGAGAUGAAGCUGGGCGACACAAAGACCGCUGUCCGAAAAGGAAACAUGGAGUAUUAUGCCUCGGAACUGGAACUGAAUGCGAAGUUCCACACAUUCGCCACAAACAGCAGCAUUCUGUUUAGAGGUCACAACACGGUACAGGCGCAACUCAAAUACAAAAACAAAAGAGAUUACACUGAGAUUGGAUCAAACGAAGAAUUACCACUUGGAGAAGAAUUCCAAACUUUGUUGAAGUGUUUUAUAGAUGUUCACGAAAAGAAGGUCAUGAAACGUUUUAAUCCUGCAAAGAAACUUCUUCAACAAUUACAAAUAUCAGCAAAGAUGGUUCGAAAGGGAAAUGCAAUAUCAAGUAACACGUCUCAAGAAGACUUGGACAUUAAAUGUCUGCAACUUCUCAGGGCUGUUGUUCACAGUGAAGAAAGGAAAUUACCCGAGGAUUGGGAUACUAAAACUGCUGAAAGCAAAAUCAAGAGUCAACUUGCACAUAUCAAGGAAGUCCAGAACGCAAUAAAUACGCAUGACUUUGUCAACAAAGUGUUGCCUCAUAUUGCCAGAAGAAACGACAAUAUCUGCCGUGAGGUACUGGCAUUUCUGUCUAUCAUGUUGUUCAACGCCAACAGAGACGUCCAGAAAUCCAUGUUGGAUUAUUUCUUAUCGACUAGAGAGGAAGUGUUCUUCAUGGCCGUACGGGAGAGAAUGCAGAUUUCCACCAACUCAAUUAAGGAAAAAAUGAUUCUGAGAAGGAAAUUCCAACAAAAAGGACGGUCACUGCUUGCACAACAUCAGGGGCGGGUAAAGGAAGCCCUGGAUAACCUGAGUUCUUUUCAAACUAGUAUUUCAGCUGGAAGAAAGGCCUUGCAGACGAUUCAAGCAUAUGAAAUUAAAAUGAAAAAAGAAAAGAUGCAAGGAUGGGCGGCUUUAAGUAGAGCAAAAGCACCUGUUGUUGAAUCUAAGAAAGAUAAAAAGAAAAGACUGAAGGAUCAGAAAAGAAAGAAUAUGAUGAUUUCCAAUGGUAUCAAGCGAGACUACAGUAGUAACGAAGCAUUGCUGAAGCACCCCGACUCACCAGACUCUCUACAGAAUCCAGUCACGUUACUGGUCACCCAGCCUGGACAUCUGGCGAUGGGCGUGGAGGAAGACGAGGAGAAAGCGGCAGAAGAAAUGAUAGCCACGAUGAACGAAGGUGUUGUAGACAUGUUAGAAUACAAAGAUGAUGGCUACAUUGAGCUUAUCUUCAAAUUACUAGCAAGGAUCUGUGACGGACAACAUUUUGGUCUCCAGAAUUACCUACGAGAGCAACCAGACAAUGUUAAAUCGUUCAACAUUGCGGGAGAAACAGCCCAGUUUCUGAAUGUGGUUUACACAACCAUCAACAAGAAGACAAUCAACCUCAUCAUACAGCUCUUCAACACACUUAAUGAAUUCUGUUCGGGCAAUCAAGAGAACAGGGUUGUCGUGUAUGACAGAAAGCUUGUAGAUUACAUUAAUUUCAUCUUGAGGGCAGGAGACAUAGCAGAUUGUUCGCCAGAGAAGAUUCUCGAGUUACGACAUGCGAUAGCCUCAGUAAUCAUCUCCUUAAUUGAAGAGAAUGGCCCAGGAAAGUCACAGGUUGCUAAGGAGGUGAAAGACACGCUGGAUAAGGAGGCAAUAUUUCGGUGUAUGACAUUGUGUUAUGAGGCCCACCAAUUAGAGAAGCCCUCUCUAGAGGAUUUAAACCCAACAGAAGACGGAAGUGUUCUAAAAUCUGCCCGUUCAUUGGCUGUCGUUGGAGGCAGUAUAAUACAAGGAUUUGUGGGUACCCAGAAAAACCAACUGAGGGAAACAUUAAUGGAAGUCGGAUUUACCUUCUUUCUAAUUCUUGCUAGAAUGCAGGACAUUGAUCCACAGAUGAGCUCGUCUCUACAAAUAACCCCAGAGCAAGCAAAAGCCUAUGAAUUCUACAAAAAGAAUUCACUUUCAAUAGAAAUCAUCAAAGACGACGUUUUGCAAAAAGUGAAUUUCCGUGUGAAGAAUAAGAAUUUCCUCCGGGAAGAAGUAAAAGAAAAUCUUAAAUGGAAUGUGGAUCGCUCAUCUCCAAGCAAUAAGAUCCGGGAUUUGAUGGGAUGGACACGAGAUAUUAUGCAGGACAUUUCCUACCAGAGGAAAAUACUUUGUAAUCCUAUAGCCAUGAUGUUUACCAAAGGAUGGUUACUUUGGAAUCAUGGGGCGACUAUUCUGAGUCUAGCUAUCAAUAUGCUCAUGUUGGUGACGUGGAAUGCAAAGGCUUCCCUUGAGGACUAUGGGAAGGUCAUCAAUGGCACAAACCAGACAUAUGACUGGGCGUUGAUCAAGGACCCAUCUCCUCGCAUUGCAUUCAUCCCACUAGACCAUUACAUACUGACUAUGUAUGCACUAGGAGGUACCCACAAUCUGCUAUCGUUGUUUGUCCUCAUCAGUUACUUCCUGUCAAACCAUCCUCGACUUCCAAGUAAAGAGGAGAUAAAAGCACCUUUCAGAGCGCUUUGUGGCGGAGGCAAGAAAAGUAGGGACGAUCUUGCAGAGAAAAAGGCGGAUGAAAUCUCCAAACUAGAUGUUAAAUUUUUUAGCUUUACAACAUUUUAUUACAUGCUGUUCUUGGCAAUGUCCGCUGCUGGUACAUUUUUUCAUGGAUAUUUCUUCGCAUUCCACCUUUUGAACAUUGUCAACAACAAUCAGCUUCUUAGUGGUGUCAUAAAAGCUGUCACUCUUAAUGGUAUUUCGUUACUGUGGGUGGCUAUCCUUGGACUUAUUGUGAUAUAUAUUUAUGCACUUGUUGGGUUUUCGUUACUUCGUGCAUUUUUCUCUCCUGGCGAGUACCUGUAUUGCUCUACGUUAUGGCAAUGCACUGUAACAGUCAUUCGAUACGGUCUCAUCGGAGACAUGUUUGAUACUGUCAAGCAAAAUGAUAGAAACGAUAGCUUUGCCUCAUUUUGGCCUCUAGUUCUGUACCACGUGUCUUUCUUCAUAUUCAUCACCACUAUUGGUCUAAACAUAAUAUUUGGUAUCAUUGUGGACACAUUCUCAGAGCUUCGUGACCUUAAGUGGCGAGCUGAAUCCGAUAUGAAGGACACGUGCUUCAUUUGCAGUAGAAAUAGUUACGAUUUUGAGCACAAUGGGAAGGGAUUUGAUCACCAUGUUCGGAAUGAACAUAACAUGUGGGCCUAUGUAUUUUUCUUGAUCCAUCUUGAGGACGUCAAGACCAGCGACUUCACAGCGUUGGAACUUUACGUCCACAAACUUGUAGCAUUAGAGAACUACGAUUUCUUCCCGAUGAAUCGGGCCCUUUGCCUUACUUCUAUAGACACCGACUCAACAGAGUCCAAAAUUGACGAACUCUUGAACAGGGUUACUUCCAUAGCAUUGAAACAGAAAGAGGAGGAAACGGAGAAGAAACGAAAGGCAGAAAAAAUGAAGCAGAAGAGGUGGCAAGAGAAACACCGUCAGUUUAUGUUUGGAAUCCAAGAUGAAGAAAAUGGUAAUGACAAUGGAAAAUCACAGACUAGUGAGAAAAUAAUCAUCAAGCCCAAAUCCGACAGAUCCCUCUCCAGACCUCCUAGUAUCGUCAGUCUUCAGAAGACUCCCGCCAUAGAUAUUGGCACCACUGAUGGGACCACAGAUAGAAAGGACUACACCAAGAAAGACUCUGUCGAAAAAGCAAAACUCGUCCUAAAAGAGUCAGACGAAUCGGAAGUAGCAAUGACUGAGGACUCGGAUUCAGUGGGUAGUAUUCGUGAGGAAUAUGACUUACUGAAGGAGGAUUUCUCCACUUUGGGUAUGUUGGAGCCGAUGCCUCCUGCUUUCAGGGAACGUGCCUUGUCAAUUCCUGGAAUUUCAGCACUUGUUCAACCUUCAAGUGAAGACGAACCAAAGUCUGGAGAUGAACUUCGUGUUCUUGUUGAAGACGAAACGGAUGACGAUAGUGUGAAAGAAUCAACAAGACUUUGAGUGUAGAAGAUGUAUCAAACGUUAACAAAUUGGAUUGUGGAUUUCUUGGAGCUUUACUAAUAUCCACUUAUACAGCUUGUGGAUUCAGUCAUUCUUUUCCAUACCGAAGUAAACCCUUUACGAGAUAUUGCAAUGCGAAAGAUGCAUUAUGUAUGCUGCAUUUAAUUCACUAGUUACUUUAAGAACCAUCAGGCGAUAUGUUUAUUAUCGACUAUUUCAUUAUUUGUAUUUUGUAUAUAAUUCAAGAUGCUUUGUAUUUACUUUCGGUCUUCGUUGCAUAAUUUCAUUCACAUAGCAAUACCUGUUGUACAAUAUUUUAUUAUAUUUCUAUGUUUGCAUAAGCGUUUGUUUGCAAUCACACACUCCAUAAUCAUAAAAGCAUUACCCGGUUUUGAACUUAUAAAUGAUUGUUGUAUAAUUAAUAUCAUUCUAAAUGUUUGUAUUUUGUCAUCUUGAAUUACAAAUAAAUGCGUUAACUUUUG